AUGCUCCUCAUGUGGCUCGUUUUCUGUGGAACCAUUUCACUACAACCCUCUCCUGUGUCUCCCUCUCCUGCGUCUUCUCUUGAGCCGGGUUCGUCCGCUUCUCUCAAUCCUUCCCUCUCGGCUUCGUCUUCUUCCCUGGUAGCUUCGUCUGCGCCAUCUUCUCGUCACGUCCUGCCUCUUUCGGUCGGUGGCGUGUUUUCUCGACCUUCCGGUGGAGAACCGGGAGAAAAGGAGAGGCGCGAAGAAAGCAGCUGGGCCGCGCUGACGGCUAUCCUGUUGGGCUGUGCGGAGGCGCUUCUUCCCACGGUUCUCAUGGCACUUGUUGCCGACAAAGUGGUUUGUGCGUUUGGGUGUUGCUUUGCUUCCUUCCUGUCUGCCCUGCUCCAUCACCGGUUCGCGGCUGACGCAUCAAUCUUGACAGGCCGCAAGUGUCUCCAUUGCUUCCCUACAUUUUUCAGCGUCCCCGACCCUGCGUUGUACGACGUCGCCUUUGCUUUGAUGGAAGCGGCCAAAUCGAUUGUCGUGGCAACCACAGACACCGCCUUUGGCUUCCUCGUUGACCGACACAACGGAUCCUACGUCAGCAGUCUGUGGUUUCUUUGCUUCUUGACAGCUCUAGCUGUGAUCCCGUGGGGCGUUUUGGUGUUUUCCAAAUUCUGUGGAGGAGAUCUUGGUCCAUGUAUCCCUUCUCUCACUGCAUCUUCCUCACAACUCUCGCCUCACCACCAUAUCCGACAGCAACCCAGCUACUCGCCUUCGUGUGUAUUUCCUGGCAUAUAGCAACGGCAUCACUGAGGAUCGAGGUUUUGGAGCAGAGGGCACGAGCAAAAUAGCGGAAACGAGCAAGAGACAAACGCAGCGAACUCGAAAGUGUAGAAGAUAAUAGAGGAGCAGCAAACGAGGAUGACAGAAUCAGAGAGACAGACGACAGGAAGGAGAACCGGGUAGCGACGGUGAACACAACGAAGUAAAAGCAAAGCUCGCGUUUUGAAAACAGGAGGACUGUAAAAGGGAAGGGAGACGAGUUGCUCACAUAGGCACAUAAGCAGGCUGAACAAAAAGCGACAAAAGACCGAAAGGAAGAAAGAGUAGCAAAGGAUAUGACGAAAAAACAUUAGCGUCGAGAGAAACCGGGAAACGAUCGAAGAAAAAUACACGGAGAGGAGCAAAGAAAAGGUGAACAUGCGGAGAUGAAAGACCCGCACGCGGAAAAGAGUAGAAGAAAUAAAAAAAUGGACGAACAAGCAGCACACUAAGAGACCAACGAGAGAAAGAAACGUAACGGUGAGGCAGGAGGAACACCAGUAGGAAAAAGGAAGCCGUAGAGCAAAGGGAAAAAAACAGUCGAUUUACAGCCUCAUUGUUGGUCCAAUCUGGUGUCCUAAGCUGUGCUGAAGAGGUUAUACACGAGUUUGUUUCUAUUUCGGUAAUUUUUUGCACUGUGAAACUAAGGCGAAAACGCCGUGAUUUUGUGGGUCGAGAAGCCCAUAAA